AUUCUCGCGUUCGGCUCAAGGUACAUCUACGAUAAAAUGAUUCCCGGUCCAGAGUUGCCAGUUUCUCGCUUCCCCAUUGGUUUGAAACGUCUGCUAGCUUCAAUACUGGACCCCCCAAGUCCAACCGGUCAAGAUUGGUGCCUGCUUUCGGUAAUACUUGGUCAGUCAAACAGCAUACAAGACAUUGAGAACCAAAACAACGAAUCAUUGAGCAAGACAGACAGGAUUUUAACGAGUUGGUGCAAAUCAGAUGAAAAUGCAACGAUGGGAACACUGGUUGAUAAGCUGAUUGAGAUUGGACGAAGUGAUGCCGUCGAUGUCAUAAUGAACCACGCAUACUUGUUUGGCCUCUCGCAAGAU